GCUUUGGUGUGUGGUGUAUUAUUGUGUGUAGAGAGAGAAGAUUCGGCUGUACGUCUAAAUAAAUAAAAAGAAAUUUUUUUUGUUCUUUCGGAUGAAAACAAGAGGAUUUUGUGUGUUUGGAAUAACCGAAGUCGAAAAUAGAAAGUAAGAACACGCGUUGCAUGUGUUCGCUUUAUUAUAUCCUUGUUGCAGUGUUGUGGAUAGUAAAUUCAUUUAACGUUUUUAACAGGGUCAUUAUAUGGCAUUCGGUUAAUAUGAGACUUUUACGGUAUUAAUUAUAGUGGAAGUUUAGUGAUAGUUGGAUGUAAAUAUACCGAAUGGUGUAUCCCCUCAUACCAUACAGAUAUUAUACAUACAGUCAUCCUGAGCUUGAUAGGUGUAUAAUAUACACACGAGGGCCAGUUGAUUGUAUGAUUUAACACUGCGAGAAGCAUACAUUACAUUUUAUGUGCUUUGCAAUAAAUUGAUUAAUGCAGCAAUAUUUUUGCAUAAUACGUAUACAUAUACGGGCUAAUCAACCUACCGAACAUAUAUAAAACAGUAAACAGAAGGGGGGCUUUUUCGUUACUACAAAUUUUACAUGUGUAAAAUAUAGACAUUGGAUAAUUAAUUCAUGUUUUACGAACCAUAAUACGAACAAUAUUCUCUUUAAAAAAAAUAUGAAAAGCGUGGCGUAAGUGGUGGCAUUUUAGCUUAUUUGUAGCAGCAGAUUUAACAACAUUGUAUAUCAAUGAUGUCAGUGAACCAUUAAUAAUUAAAAAUUGUGAAUCAUAUUAAAAAAGUAAACACAAAAAUUAACAGAAAGAAAAAAGAAGAAGAAGAAGAAGUGAAUUGACCUUUAACGUGCUUGUUUCAGAUAAAUAAAAACAACAACAACAAAAAAGCGAAUCUUCACAGAAGAGCUUUUUGUUUGACUGACUGGUUGAAUUAUUGUUGUCUAGAACGAGUGACAAUUGUGUAAAACUUUCCAUUAUAUUGCAGCAACCCCGUAACAAGAAAACUGUUUCAGCGGAACUCGUGAAAAGAAAAACUAAAUUGAAAAGUGAUCUCGAAAGUUCAGUUUAAGAUAAAAAGAGAUCAAAUACCAGUUGAAGUGUGCAACAAAGUGUUAAUGAAAACAAGUUAACCAAUUUGUAAACAACAAAAAUAAAAACAACGCACUGCAUUUACUCGAACGCACCGUGCUGUAUCAAUCAAAGCAGCGUGCGUGUGUGUACAUCCUGUUUGGAAAAUCCCGAAAUUUCGUCAAUUGCGUUCGAUUCGCUGGUCAUGCUGAACCAAAUCGCACACCAUAUCAAUUGAUUUAAUUUGAAAUCGAUAAAAAUAAGCUCCCAAACGCAACCCGAAGCGAGCCCUGUGGGGCUACGCUUAGUCGGGCUACUUCCCUGUGCCGUUUGGACACCGAAAAUUCCGAAACCGACCGUUGCAUCACAAGCUCGAAUCACAUCAGCACCAUAUUCAACAGCAGCAGCCGCUCAUCAAACGCCCAGACUUCCACAACGUGCAGAAGCUUGCCGGUGUUCAUUACCGACACCAUCUACAGUCAAUACGCAGAGACCCGCUUUAAUCGGUCCAUCGCCUGUAGUCCGAUCGGCUACAGUAACGUCAACGUCAACGAGUAAUAAUUCAAUGUUGCUGGUUCCAUUCGCAGUUCCGGGAUUCGUUCCCGUUCAACAACAACAACAACAGCAGCAGCAGCAACAACAACUUCAUCCGAACAUUACCAAUCAGCAUCCACCGCCGACUAUACAUACAACGAAUCAGAUUACACCAACACCAAGUGUUGCUUCAACUUUGCAAUCUAAUGCAAAUACAAAGGAUCCGAAAUAUGUUUGGUCACCCGCUAAUCCACCGCCUGCGGUUCCGGUUCCAGCUAAUGCUAUUACGAAAGUAGAUACAAGCAAACAUUACCACAUAUUCGUAGGGGAUUUAAGUCCUGAAAUCGAAACACAGCAACUAAAGGAUGCAUUCGCUCCGUUCGGAGAUAUAUCUGACUGCAGAGUUGUAAGAGAUCCACAAACGCUGAAAUCGAAAGGAUAUGGUUUUGUAUCAUUUGUCAAAAAAUCGGAAGCCGAAAGUGCAAUCACAGCAAUGAAUGGUCAAUGGUUAGGAUCUAGAGCAAUUCGAACAAAUUGGGCUACAAGAAAACCACCAGCAACAAAAGCAGAACUCAAUUCAAAGCCAUUGACCUUUGAUGAAGUCUAUAACCAAAGUAGUCCAACAAACUGUACUGUGUAUUGUGGCGGAGUGAAUGGAGCAUUGUCCGGUGCUUUGACAGAGGAGAUAUUACAGAAAACGUUUUCACCUUUCGGAACUAUUCAGGAAAUCAGAGUAUUCAAGGAUAAGGGAUACGCUUUUGUAAGAUUUUCAACAAAAGAAGCGGCAACACAUGCAAUUGUUGCCAUACACAAUUCCGAAAUAAAUGCACAACCAGUGAAAUGUUCAUGGGGAAAGGAAAGCGGUGAUCCGAACAAUGCACCAUCGAUUGCCAGUCAGGCAUUAGGUCAAGCCGGUUUUCCGUUCGGCACGGCAUACGGACAACAAGUAGCCGGAUAUUGGUAUCCACCAGCGCCAACUUAUCCAGCUGCGCCAGCUCCGUCAGCGCCAUUACAAGGUCAAUUUUUGCAAGGAAUGCAAGGUUAUACAUAUGGUCAAUUUGCAGGAUAUCAGCAGGGUUACAUGGGCAUGGGCGUACAAAUUCCUGGUGCAUGGCAAGGCGUACCGACUCAAGCACAAAUUCCCGCAGCACAACAAAUUGCACAAGGUGUUGGGAGUGCAUUACCCCAAGCUGCUGGCGUUGUUGCAUAUCCAAUGCAGCAGUUUCAGGUGAGCCCUCAGAUUGAUGACAGCGGUUUCACCACAAUGGACAACAUCUAUGCCGAUUUUAAAACUCAAUCGCCACCGAAAAGUCCUCACAUUGCACUGAAAGAUGUGCGUUACUUGUCUAAAUACAAUUCGAAACUCUGUUAUCAGGGACCGUACGGUGUUUAUUAAAUUGGUGUAUUUGAUAUUAUAGCUAAGAAAAGAAUGAAAGAAAGAAAGAAGAGGAAGUAGAACACCUUUGUCCAUUUCCACGCAAUUAAUUUUUUUUUGUUUUCAAAUUUAUAAAAUCUACCCUCCAAUGUAGAGUCCAAUAUAUUAUGGAGAGACGAAAUAUAUUUGUUGAAGUCCAGAUGAUUAUGAGUCAAUGUGACUCUUCUCUAACAUUUACUACGUCAUUACACCGAGAUUACAUCGUACACGAUUCACAGUUGUGCCACACUAAAACUGUCUAUCGUUUUUUACUGUAUUGCUAAGAUGAUCAAGUAAACCACGUAUUCAGGUUUAGUGGCUUUUUGUGAUUCAGUACCCGUUCAAUUAUCUUGUUCCCUUGGUAGAUGACCUUGUCUACGCAUACUAUUGAGACUCUAAUAGAACAUAUCCGGAAGCGUUUAAGAAGCUAUGACCACAGUAAUUUUGAUUAAGGUCGGUCAAAAUCAAUAAAAUUUUCCCUUGACACAGGAAAUAUUCUUUACAUAUGCUUCGAAAACCCAUACUUUCCGUAAUUGAAAGACAUCUUUCAACACCUACAACAUGGAAAAUCAUUUCCUUAACUCAGAAUAAAUAAAAAUUCACAGUUUAGUGUGUUAAUUGUCCUCGGCUUCGUCUCGGAUCAACAGACACCUCUGUCAAAUUUUUAAUUCUGCUUAAAUGUUCAAACGACUCAUUGAAAUAACAAUUCAAGUUAUAAAUAAAAAGCAAAACACAUUUGACAUUAAUCAUCUUUCAUCUGAAAAUUGGCGCGAAAAUUUACAUGUUUCGGUUGCACAAAAGGUGUCCAUAUAUUGAAGGAAGUCUGUUUUCUAUUUUAAAUUUACUGUUUUGUUUCACGUACACAGUGAUCAGAUAGAGUGAUAUUUUUGUUGGUUAAGUUUUUACCAUUGUGAAUGUUUCAUAUUGUUUAGAUUUUGAGGUUAUUUCUUUUGUUGUUUAAUUUUCAAAGUAACAAAAAUGGAAGUUUGGAAUAUAACGGGUGGUCUAAAUACGCAUAAAUAUUUAAAAAAAAACAGAAUUAAGUUAAAAGUUAAUAAGAGUAAGUAAUCGGAUCGUAAAAGUUAUAAUCGUAUUUACCCAAUUAUUAUGUUGUUAUUCGUAUUUUUCCGGUCAUACUGUUCUAAUUUAAUAGACAAUUUGACUUUGAAAAACCAAAAAUAAAAAUAAAAAUUCAACUCUUUAAACAAAAAAAAAGAUAGAAAUAAAAAUGUAAAUAAAUUUAACCUUUAUUUUCAUUUAAAGAAGAAGAAGGAAAAAAUAUGUCGUAAAUAUGCAACUACCAAACUCAUUAUAUAUGUCUCAACUAAGCUGAAAGUGGUAUGAUCAUGAAAUAUUAACUAAUUAAAAAAUUUAUAUAAAAAUGCUAAAAAAAACAAAACCAAAAAAAAUGUGGACUAAUUCAAUUUAAUCAAAGUGUUUUAUUUCAUUUAAUCAAAUCACAGUGAAAACCGAAUAAAGCGGGUACAUGUAGACCAGUGUUUAAAUUUAUGAAUAAACCAAAAAAAAAUCUUAGAUCAAAUCUCCAAACCAACAUCCUUUAACCAACCAAAAAAAAAUCAAUUAAAAUCAAAUGACUUAGAAAAUGAAAAAAAAAAAAAAAUCAAAAUUUUUUCUAAAAACUAUCUUCAAACACGAAACAAUUAAUCAAAAAUGUAGUGAGGUAUACACUUCUUGUUUUCAUAAUUUUGUUCAAAUGAUCGUAUAACAAGGUUCCAAGCUUUUCUGGUGGAAUUUGUGUUAAAUUUUUUGUUCCACAUUCCACUUUUAUAAAUUCCACACAUACUAUAUCCAUUUUUAUUGUGAAUCAGACGAACAAGCAUGAAACAACAAUACAUUUGUGUGUGUCGAGUGUGGAACAUGUGGAACGAAUCAAAUACAUGAAGCCCUAAAGUGAUCUGAUGCGAUUCGUUUACACUGCUUAAAGAAAAACGAAAAAUCAAAAGGAAAAGAAAAAUAAUUUUACUUAUAAUUUCAAUCAUUUUUCGCUUAAACAUCCUUUAUUUUUGCAGUUUUGCGGGUACGGUUCUAACAACAAUUAACUAUCUCUGAUUGACUGUUAAACUGUAGCAAGCAAUUACGAAUAUAACAUAAAAUGUACUCCCAACACAUUCGGACAUUGAAUAGUCAUAGAGAUCUACGUGGAGUAGAUGGUUUUGUCGAUGGUCAAUUGUUUACCGAAAUAGCGAAAUAAAACUGCACGUAGAUCUUUAUCAAUAUUAUAAUCUCUGACCCAAUGCAAUUUGUGUCUUUCAUCAUAAAAUUAGUGUUCCGUUACGCGCCGUAUAAUUCGAAGAAAAAAAAAUUGAUUGUAUAAAUAUACCCCAUUCAUAAAUUGAAGAAGAAGAAGAUGCGAACAAAAUUUUUCAUGAAAUCUUGUUAAAUUUUCAUUUUUUGUGUAGCUCUGCAUAAUUUUUGAGAUCAGAAAUUUUCGUGACAAGGUCAAUCAUUCCCGUAAUACAAAAUAUAUCGACACGACUCGCGCUCUAACUAACCGUUUUGACUCAUGUCAGUCGAACAACAGAAUUUUAAGUCGAAAUCUUUGAUGCUUAGCAGUAGUUCGCUAACGUCCGGUUUCGGACUGAAACAAAAUUCACAAUUUAAAAAAUAGUGACUGAUCAUUGCAUUAGCCUCCAAUCGGCAGCAACAUCCAGCUGAGAAAAAUAUAUUGACUAAAAAAAUUGCUUUCACAUUAAUUAGAGGAUUUACAGGAAUAAGAAGUUCAUGGAUCGGUCUUAACUUUCAUCGUAUCUGCUACUUCCAAAAACUGUCCUUAUUGUGUCGUUCUUUGUUUGUUCAUAGAUGGUGUUUGUUUUUCGGUGUUUCUGAUCCAACAAUUAUGUCAGUUUCUUUUCAACGUAAAAUCGGGAAAGUGUGAGAUUCGAAAUAUAAUAAUUUGCUGCAAAUUUGUCAUGUAAAAUUUUGCUCGUUUCUAAGCUAACUUUUAUUUAGCAUUUUUCGAUUGGUGAAAACAAAAGUGAAAAAGCAAAAAAAAUGAAAAAUGUUUGAAAAAAAGAAAAUUAAAUUUUAAAAAUAAAAAGCAACAGCAUAAAAUACUGUAAAACUUAGAUAGGAAUUAACUAAGUAUAAAUUGAAUAAUGCUAUUUAUAGAUAGAUUAUUUACAUAAAAAAAACAUAAUUUUUUGUCAUGAAAAAUAUAAAAAAAAUGAGAACAAAAAAUGAAAAGGAAUGAAAAACGCAUAAAAAGUAAAUAUCAAAAAACACAAAAAAACACACACUAUACACCAGUAAUACUAAUUUAAAGAAAAAAAAUGAAUGAAAAUAAUGAAAAAAAAAACAUAGGAAUUAUAAAAGCAUAAAAUAUUUAGACAAAAAAGUAUUGAUAUCUAUAUUGUGAGUGUUAUGUGAAAAUAAAUUGCACAAUCAUUUUAUUUGUAAACGAAAUAUUUGUUCAGUUGCCUCUUCAUUACUAUGCUUAUGCAAUAAAAUGAUCGAAACGAUCUUAAUUGCAUUGUUUGUUUGUUUUUUUUUUUAAGAAAUCUUUUUACCAUUUAACUGAUUUUUUAACGUUCAGGCAAUAAAUGUAAACAAAAUCACUUAAAGUACCGGAUAUAACAUUGACAGUUAUAAAUUGAACAAUUUUCUCUGAAAUCUGAAUAUGAUUAUAAGUCUUUCGAUGACGGAUCUCUGCUGCAAUAACCAUAGGUAUUCUCAUUUUAUAUGACAAUGUCGUACGCAUUAUGGAUUAACUUUUGGAAUAUUGCAUAUUCCGGUCAACAAAUGAAGAACUAGAUUGUAAUAAAAUUUACCGGUACGAAUCCAUCAACAUCCAGAAAACCGAAAUCUAGUUUGUCAUUCGUUAAGCAAAAUCCACUGACUUUUAUGUGUAAUUUUGAGGAAUAUAUUAUAGCCCAAACCAGUUCUAAAGAUUCAAACAUUUUCUCCACAGAGUUAUUAAAUUUAACAUAUUUAACGGGCCAACAAUUCCCUUUGCCGCUAUUGCUAUCGACACACAAGAACUGUUUCAUGUUCUACUUACGGUAAGUUCUUAAAUUUACAAAUAUACAAUUUGCACAAACUUCUCAUAAACUCGAACUUGUUCGUAUUGAUAACGGUGAUUUAAAAUCGGUGAAGCGUUUCAUUGCACCCCCGAAAACCAAAUACCGAAUGAUGUUUCGAAUGAUGAUGCAUAUUCUUGACGAAUUUCUAUUUGAAGUUGUGCCAAUGUCUAGCCUCAUAACUCGGAAUUAUGUUGAUUGGAUCAACAACAAUUUUCUUUUGAAUUGAGUCGUAAAACUACUUUAAAUAUCCCCUUUUAGCGUUGGCUUCUUGCGUGAGUGAUAACCUCGGAACUCGUGCUACAAAAAAGCUCGGCAGUAAAAUUAAUUUACCAAAAUAUGCCCUUAACAUAAAUGCAAACAUUUUAAUUUACGAACUCUCAGCAAAAUAUACACCCUACCGAUGACUUUAAAGAGCAAUUGAAAGAAAAGCGUAACACUCAUUCAACGAGUGCUGGUGAUUCGAAUUAAAACUCAAGAAAGGUACACCAUGAAUGUAUUCAUUUUGUGCUAAAAAGGGGGCUGCAUAAAAAAACGGAAAUGUUUUAGAAACCGAACAUUUGCUAAUGUCCAUAUAUAGGGAACGAUACCGUAUCUGGUUACAGAAAGAAAAUGGAAAAAAUCUUUCGAAUUAAAUUGAUUUCGUUUGAACAGGGUUUUAAAUAAAUUGGUAAAUGAAAAGGACUUUCUGUGACGGUGAAUUCUUUUUUUGUCCGUUCAUUUAUUUGAAUUUCCAUUUAUUGUAAUGUGUAUCUGAACCAACUCAAAUGCAACAGAAUAUCACUUCGUUGCGUUUCCGUUCCAAUUAAUCUAAAACAUCUUGUCGAUGAAAAUUAAUUGAAAAGAAAACUGUAAUUGAAAUCAAUUUGUUUUUGAAUUUUAUAAUUCACCUUUAACGUCCCAGCCAUGCAGCGAUUUACUUUCGAAGCAUUUUAUAACGCAAAUUGAGUUUCAAGUUAAAAUGUUCUAUUAAGGAAAAAUAAAUGUUUGCGUGGACUAUGGUUCUGCAGCUAUUUCUCGAUAAAUUAUGUCAGUUCAUUUUGCAUGCACCAAAUGUCGAUUGUAUCAAUAGAAAUAUCGACUUUUCGAUGUCUAGAAUGAUUUAAAAGGCCCCUGAUGCGACAGACUCUUGUAUUUCGAAAGGCUCGAAGGUCGGAAAGACUUGAACAGGCUCGAGAAUCGGGGAGACUUGAACAGGCUCGAGAGUCGGUGAGGCUUGAACAUUUCAAAAGUUAUAGUUUUCAGAUAAGCCCAAGAGUUCAGAAGAGGAGACUAUUUAGGGCUGCCAGAAACGGUACUGUCGUGUUGUACGUUUAAUUUUUUGAAGUCAAAAACAGUGAAUGUAACUUUACGGGUAUGGUCUGAUCAUACAAAUGGGACGUUUGAUGCUAAAAUAACGUCAAAAAUGUCAUAACCAGAAGUGAUGUUUGAUCAAACAGGUCGGCGCCUCCGUGUAUUUCACCAUUAAAUUUAAUGUAAAUUUUUGUAUGGAACUGUAUGGUCAUACCCAUAGAUUUACGUUCACGGGUGAGAAAAGCUCACACUUAUGAUCACUACCUGCCUUUGAGAAAUUUUUUCUUGAUUUUCUCGAAUUUUUCCGAAUUUUUUGAACUUUCGUAAAUUUUCUUAAAAUCGAGAAAAUCAAGAAAAUUUGAGAAAGCUGUUCACAUUUUCUAGAUAUUCACGAAUUUUCUCGAACUUGAGAGAAAUAUGUCAUGAUUUGUUCCGAAUUUUCUUGAAGUUUUUGAGAAUUUAUUAAAAUUUUCUCUAUUUUUUCUCGAAAAAAUUUUCACAAAGGCAGGUACAGCAUUUCGGCCAUUCGAAAAUUAGAUCGUUCAGCAAUAUUCGAAAAUCGAAAUAAAAAUACCAACGUAAAUGAGAAGUAGGAACGAAAUAGAAGUGAAGAUAAAAUGAAUGUGUCGUCGUUUAAUAAAAAUAAAUAACAGAAAAGAAGAAAAUAAACUAAACCGAAAAAAAAGAAAAAUAUUUUAUUAGCAAUUUUAAGCAGAUCUAUCAAACCGGAAAAAAAAUGAAAAUGAAAAAAAAAACUACUAAUUGUUUUCCUUUCUGCCUGAAAUGUUUAAGUCCUUAAUGCACGCACAUUAUAGCGGAAAUAAGAAUAGUUUUAGAAAAUAAAAAUGAAAGAAAAAAAAAAGAAAAUUCAUAUUUUAAGGGUAGCAUAGAAUUAAUUAUAAAAAGGCAAAAAUAAAGAAUAAAAAAAGUAAAUAAAUGCAAUGGUAUAGUAAUAAAUAUAUUAGAAUAUUUUAGAGAAUAAGGAUAAAAUGAAGUAGUUUUGUAGCAAACACAUACACAAUAUAAUAUUCAUAUACCCUCCCCCAUCCCCCCAAUCUAUAUGCGGAUAUAUAUAUGACAUGUAUAUUGUACAUAUAUAUAAAAAAAACAAGUAGAGGAAUGGAAAAGAAAGCUUCAGUAGAGCGAUGGGAGAAAGAACGACGACGAAAACGUAUACAUAAAAAGAAGAAAGCAAAAAAAAACUACGAAAGGGCAUAUUAUUUUUUGUUAAGGCUAUAAAAAUUGUUUACGACUACCAUAAUUUGAUAUGAAAUGAUUUUUUUUAACCAAUUUCUAUUUUUUACAUAAUUUCGUGUUAUACUUCGUGUACAACGCAUAAUACAGAUAUUUUUGUGAAACCGGAUGAAGAGAAGAAAAAAAAAAAGAAACGAACCAGCCAGUAGAAGUGAAAUGUGGUAGAACACUCAUAUAUACGAAAUAUGUUAUGAUUUGAGAUGAUAAAAAGUUAAAGAAAAUGGUUAAAGAUGGGUAAAGCGAGUGUGUAUUGCGGAAACGUUUUGUUAGCGAAACGAAUUUGAUUUUAUUUGAUUUCGGUUUUUUUUUUUGAGGAUGACUCAGCUUUAUGUUAACUCGGAUUAUGUGUGCAAUAUGUUAAGUCUGAAAUUAUUUUUUAUUUUUAUUCAUCUCCGAUCAAACUGUUAACGAGCGCGUACUUUGUUUUCACAUUUUCCCCCGUGAAAGGUAUUUCAAUUGGAAUUCAUUUCUUUCAAUCUAUUUUUGGUCGAUGUAGUCUACAGUCUACACUUAUUCCAGCAAAGAAAAAAUCGUUUGAUCAAAGCACUUCAACAGUUAUUUACAUCAUAAGGAGCGAAAGUAAAAAAAAAAUCAACCGUGCGAGAUGUUGGCAUUCCGUGUCGAAAUAGCGACGAGCUGCACAGGUUGAUUUAUUUUACUGAAGCAAGGUAUGGUGCAUACUACUUUCGAUUCACCGACAACGAAUAUUUGUAAUUUUUGCUUUGCUAGCUCCAAAUCAGAAAGUUAGAAAAUGAAAGGGUCCAGUCAACAAUAAAUGAAUCUGUGGCGUAGUUCUCAUUCAACGGAAAAUGCAGCGUUAUUUAUAAUCAUUUAUGUGUUAGAGAGAAACAAAGACAGAUGCACAUGCGGUAGAGCGAGAAGAAAUUUACCACCUGCUGGGUCUAAUUAUUUUUAUCAUUGGCUUCUACUCGCAAAGCGAAAUUUCAAAUUUUCGUAGUAGGUGCAAGUGACCCGUCGUUUUGAUGAACAACUCAUUGAUUUCAAAAUUUGCGAUGUUCUUCAGAAGUUUACUGAAGGAAUUUAAUUUUGCGAAAAUUACCUGACAUUUUUUCAAAAUCACACACUUCUACUAAACAAGCCAUGUGUCUAGAAAGGCGCCUACAAAUCGAAUUCCAGAUGCUAUUUUAGACGUCAAAGAUCCUCAAAGAACUAGUACGAGAGAUUUCACCGCACUUGAUUGGGAAUUAAGCGGAUACCACACACGUUUAUGCUAUGAUACAUUUGCAACAUGUGGUAUACGUGGUACUGCGGUGCAUAAAAUGUUUUCUGCGAUUCAGAUACUUAACCUUAACCACUAUUUCAAUGCAAAUCGUAACAAUUGUUCCGGCCGAACAAAAGUUCAUUUAAAUCGAAAAGCAUUUAAUGCACUCGAGAGAAAUGUCGCCUGACUUUGACAUUAAUGUAUGGUUAGUGUUAUGCCGACAAAAUUUGGUUUUCGUAUCAAGUGUUCGAAGUGUGUAAGAAAAAGGUCGAAAACAAGCAAUGAAACAACGAAUACAGGAGUGAGGUAUGUGUCCGAAUUGCAGAAUAGCGAUUUUAUGUUUGUUGUUAAAUGUCGUGUGUGAUUUCGACGAUAAUCAUCUUUCCAAUGCCCAAACAACAGAUUUUCUUUGCUGUAACGAUACGAAUUUUGUUCUGAAGUAGGUGACCGCAAACCGAUUCAAUAUGUUUGAACGGUCUUUUGUUUGCACAUCGAAAAUUCAUUUACAUGCCUUAACUUUUCCUAUGGUCGAAAUUAGCGACUUUCGACCCUAGGGCAAAUAUAAAAUAAUGGUUUCAGAGUUUCCGGCAUGUACAGUAUGAUACAUAAUUUGGAACGGUUGAAAGUGGAAUGUUGCAUUUUCGUGUGUUUUUUUUCGGCUACGACUCGGAUCAGUAUAUCUCAUACAAGCACCAUUUCCAUCAUUUACUCCAUAGAUAUGUAACGUACUGUUACUGUGAAUAGACGAUGUGAUGUCUGAAACCCGACCGACUUCUAUUUAAGUACAUGCGUAAUACAAUAAAUGUGCAGAUCCCAGUUCGAUCCAUCCGAAAGCAAGUCUGGCAACACAUCAAAGUGAAUGGAUUGGAUUGGAUUGAAUUUGUAGUUCAGAGUAUUAAGAUUAUUCAAAUUGGUCAAACCAUUUUCAAACUCACUAGUGUUUAAUGAAUCCAUUAUAUCACUAGUGUCAAAAAGAUCACUAUCACAAUAGUAUCGAUCCUGAUAAGUGUUAAAUCAAACCAUUAUAGCACUAGUGUCGAAAAGAUCUAUCUUAAUAGAAAAGUGGCAGUUGAGAUGUAACGAGAGAGUAGGCAUAUUGCAACAAGUAAAGUUUUGAAAUGUUCUUUGGUCGCAUGGAAAGAUGAGGGAUGUAUACUGGAAUCGCUGGAAAUGAUUUAAUUAAUAAUCUCCUAAAGUCCAUGACUUAUCCAACAAGCAAUUUCGCUUAGCCAAACAUCAUUUUGAUAGGGCGAAUAUAAUUUUUUUUCAGUUUUAUUAGGUGAAUUAGUUAUCCCAAAAAUUUUUCGUCUUUUUCUCUUUCUUUUAUUCGUACAAAAAUCACUGAUAAUAUCAUUCGAAAAGCCUUUAUGACCGUUAUAACAUUGCGUCAGCUUCAGUUUCUAUACUAAAAAUGAAUAGAAAUUUAUAAAAUGAAAUAAAACUGAAAUUAAACCCGAAAAAAACACACAACAAGAAAUUAAAAUAUGAUAAAGGCGAAGACAUGAUCAAAAAGUAGAAAACACAAAAAGAUAAAAAGAAAUUAGUUUAUAGGUAAAAAUAUUAAUUAUGAUGUUUGCAGCAUCUAUGGACAUGCGGACAAAAUUUGAACAAAAAAAACUAAUAUUUUAAUUGCGUUCUAUUGAACAGAGAAUAGAAUCAAAUAUUACAACACAUUGUACGUGUACUGCACGUUAUAAUCUUUUUUAAACCUUAAUUUUGAAAUGAAAUUGAAAAGAAAAUUAAUAAAAUAUUGAAACAACAACAAAGAAUGCACUUUAAAAGGGAAAAAAUAAUUUUGCUAUAACGAAUCUAAUGAAACAUUGAGCAUGUAAAUAAAUUAUGAUAAAUUAUUACCAGAAUAAUUAAUGGAAAAAAUUAAAAUUGACAAAAUAAUUCUUAUUUUUCGCAAUUUUUUGAAGCAAAAACCAGAUUAUUGUCUGAGCAACCGUCAGAUGACAAGUGAAUACAAAGCGAUUAUUAAUUUAAUUGGAGAAUUUAAAAAAAAAACUCCCAGUGUGAGCAUCAGUAGAAGUAAUUUAUUUACAAUGAAGUAUGCAUGGUUGUGAUCUCGAAAUAGAACGAGAGACAGAAAACAAGAUAUUGUUCACGGUUAUACAUUUACAAAAAAAUUCUCCAUUAUAUUCCCUUUGUUGCGCCUUUUUCAAUCCAUCCAAGGACAUUUUUUUCGCUACAUUUCAUUUAAACAAAAUUAUCACUUCAACCAUUGUCUUCUCACCCCAACGAUUUGUUCACAUACUUCUAUCGUUGUCGAUAAUAUAUGACUAGUUGCUUCUGAUAGCUUAAUAAACGUUAAAGAAACAAUGCAACAGAUCCUUCCGGUGGAAGAAAUGUUUUCUGAGCAGUUUCUGCUUUAAAUUUCUUAACUCGAAAAAAAGACAUUUUUCGGUAGAAUCCAUCUAAAAAGUUAUUGUGAUCAAAAUAGAUAAUUCAAACAAAAUGGGAAUCGGUCUAGCAAAAAAAAAACGAAAUUCAGACAAACGAAUCUCUCAAGAGCGGCCGUAAGUUGGAAUUGAGCGUACAGACUUAAAUACAAAAAUUAAAUAAUUAUCCGUUCUACCGCACAUAAACCGAUUGAUUAGUCAACAUUACUGUAAACUCACUACUAUUUCGUACCAUCAGUGGUUUUCCAACAAACAACCGGGCGAAUAGCCACUCCUCAAGAAAUAAAUCCACUGAUAGUAGCCUUCCCCGAGGAGGAAGGUAAAAAGGGUGACCAGUUACUUUGACGAAAACAUACACUAAUUUUCCGAAACAUUCUCCGUUGAAAGUUUUGAAAAUAUGUUCAGCAUUCAAUUAAUUUGUGAAUUCAAUUCGAAAUAUUUCGAUUAUUUCGCAUAUAUAAAUUCAGCGUUGAGAGAGUACUGCGAUUGUUAACAUAAUUCGGUCGAUGAACAUGAACAAGAGUCGAAACAAUUUCGAAUUGUCGAUUGUGCUAUAAUUCUAAACGGUAAUCAGCUUUCAGAUUUACAAAAGCGGCAAUUUUUGGAAAAUGAGUUUUGCAUGUCGUUAUAGCAGUUUAAAAAAAUGUAAAUAAUGAGGCCUUUUGUCUGCAUUUCUAGCCGAAAUGAUGCUUCAAUUUCAACGUAUGAAGAGCCGUGAUAAGAACAGGUCGUUUGGUUUUGUUUUAGUUUUGAAAUCCGGUUUUUCGAAUGAUUUUAAAAUUUACUUUCGAAAGUGUAUGACCCCUGCAACAUUUCUGUAAGUGUGAGAAAAUGUCGUGCAUUUAUUCAAUCACCUUCUCUUGGCCGCUAUGACACUUUUUAUUGACAGUGAUAACAAAAGUAACUUUUGAAAAGUUCUUGCUCAUUUGUGCUUGCAUUCGCUCGCUUCUAUUCUAUGUUUUCAAAUACUGCAUCACAGAAUGAAUAUAAACUUCUUCGCACCAAUAUCAAUAGCAAAUAAUACCGUAAACCAGUAACCAUAAUGCCAUCAAAAAGCAUUCAAUUACCCUUAACGAGAAGACAAAAAUGACAUUUUAAGUAGCAUCAUCCGUUUCCCGCAUCUCUCGCAUCUUUUACUGGCAUCAAAUAUCGAAUUGUGUUGGUUGUAAAAUAAAAGACCAAACGAAAACACUCGUUUCCUGUCAAUUAAUUUGGUUGAUCUGUUAUUUGUUAAGUUAUCAAACGCCAAUUAUUUUCCCGACCUCGUUUCGUUUUAUUUUCAUUUACAAAUAAAAGCUUUCACGCAGACCAUUCCCAGAAAAUUUGAACUCUUAAAAGUCAUUUUAUUAAAGAAUUCUCUGUGAGAUAAAAUCUUUUUGAAAUGAAGCUUCGAUUAUAACGUAUUUUACGUUAGAGUAUUUGAAGUAGGAAAUUAUUUCCUGGAAUUUCGAAAUUAAGCUAAGCAAAAGAGAUUUUUAUGUCUGACACACAAUACUUUUAAUGAACACACAGCAAAAACAUUUUUUUAAAUUCAAUUUCAUUUAAAAGAAUCCCUCACAUUGACUCACUAUUAUCGUUUGCGCAUUUCUGGUUGUUUUUUCGGGGCAAAAUUGUUAACUUAACAAAUAACAGAACUCAACUGGAUCAAACACAGAUAUCCCUCAUCAUUGGUUAAGUAAAUUUUGUGACGCUAUUGUUCGUUCAGUUGAGAAUUCGAUUUGGUAAUAGAAAAUAAGCAAGAGUAGAGUCUGUCAGAGUGAUAGAGACAUAUUCUAAUGCAAUACUGAAAUUGAAACUACUUAUCCAUACAGUUCAACUAUGUUUGAAAACUGGUAGUCCCAAAAAAAAAUACAAAAAAGUUACUUUGCAGAGAAUCAUAUUUUGUCGUCCAUAAAAAGGUAAAUAAAAUUAAUUUUUUAUGGACGACAAACCACUGACAUUAUAUGAAUCGAGCGACAAUUUAUGAUUAGUGAACCAAUAAAAUCAAACUCCUAAGCAAAAUUAGCAAAAAAAUUGUUUGUUUGCUGUGUGGCAGAAAAUAGGAAAUUCCAGCCAGGGAGAAUCGCUCGAGUUGGAAUUUCCUAUCUUCUUCCAGAGGUGAACACAAUGUUUUUCAUAUGUGGUAGGUGUGAUUAACAGUUUUUCAGUUGUAUCAAUUUGCUACAUAAUUUCUCAAGACCAUGUCAAAACAAGAAUGGAGAAAAUAGACAUUUCACCGCCCGAACUGUCAUCAGAAAACGCGUUAAAGCUUUUGAUUUGGGAAAAUAGGGUCAAUCCACACCGCACAUGAAAAAUAAAUUGUUUUCAAACGAGCGAUUCUCUCUUAAUCUUAAGAAAUAGUAACUUGUCAGGUGACCAUUCUUAAUUUGAGAGUGGUAUACAAGCAUAAGCUUUAAAUGCAAAUUUUUGUUUUGAUCUGGUGAAAGCGGUUUUGAAAGCAACAAAAAUCCCGACCGAGUUUUUUUUACGAAUAUUGUUGAUUGAAAAACCAAAACAUUUUUUAUUUAUCUUUACAAAGCAAUUGAGAUUUAUCAAAAGCAAAUAUGUUUUCAAAACUUUUUUUUUCGCUUCAAAGUGAUUACAGUUCCCAGCAAGAAAAGAUAAAUAUGUGGAAGAAAAACAAAAAUUAUUGUGCUAAACAACAACAAAAAACAACAAUAACAACAACAAAAAAAAAAUAUUUUCAUUUUCAUUGAAUUUCCGCAAAAAAUAAAUAAAUUUAAAAACAAAAACUAAAAUCCGAAAAUGAUGUUUACUUAAUGUGUAUUAGUUUAUAGUUGGUGAAUCACGAUUCAAUCAUAUAAUUAAUAAAAGAAAAAGUAAAAACAAAAAAUAUUAUUUAUAUGAUAGAAAAAAAAGGUAAAUUAACUGUGAAUGUAAGGUAAUUUUAUACAAAAAAAAAUGUGAAAAAAACGAAUAUUUAUUAAUAAAUUACAAGUAAACAUAUAAUUAAUUAUAUAUUUCGUGUAUGUGUACCCGUACAUCGAGUAAUUAAGGAUAAAUAAA